AUGGAGUCGCACAUGGACCGGUUCCGGGUCCGCCUCCCGUCUGCCGUCAGCACACACUCCAACACCUCUUCCUCCUCCGCACAAGGGGCGGGUGCCACGGCGGCGGCGGCGGCGGCGGGCACGGCGCCCCCGUCAUCGACCUCGGCGCCGCACACCAACCCCGCCGGCACCCCGCUGCGGACGCCCAAGGCAGGCUCCGCCGAGGGCAGCCCGGCGAUCCCUCCGCCGCCGCCCUCGGCCGGCAGGAUCAUCGCCUGCGACCGCUGCCGCCACUUCAAGAAGAAGUGCAGCAAGACGCCGCCCGAGUGCACCACCUGCGCCGCCGCGGGGCUCAAGUGCUCCCUCGCCACCGUCACGCCCGCCAGCACCUCGGAGCUGCGCGCCCGCCUCGCCUGGGUCGAGAGCUUCAUCAACCAGCGCCACCUGCUCGGCAAGGACCAGUCCAUCCAGCAGCUGCCCACCGGCACCGACCUCGGCGAGAUCGCCGACAGGUCCGGCGCCGUCGCGGCCGCGGCCAUGGGUCCCUCCCCCUCGGCGGCCGGGUCGGCCGGGGCGCACAGCCACGACUCGCCGACGCUUUCCUUCCGGUCGAGGGGCGGCCGGCGCCUGGACGACGACUCGAGCAUGGGCGACGCCAACAGCCCCAACGGCCCGCCCGUCAAGCGCAAGCGGCUCGAGAGCCUGAGCGCGUCGGGCGACAGGCCCUCUGACGACGCUGUCCUGCACGUGCUGCCCGAGAGGCCCGAGGAGCAGACGGGCCGCACCUUUGUCGAUGCCUACUUUAGGGAUGUGAAUCGCGCGUAUCCCUUUGUGGACAGGAACCGGAUCCUCGCUACGCUAGAGGCCGAGGGCGGGCGCGUCUUCUCGAUGAAGGAGCGCGACGCCGACUCCAUCAUCGUCUACCUGGUCAUGGCCAUCGGAUACACGACCCUGCAGCGCGCGGGGCAGGUCUCGCCCAACAUGGACCUGACCUUUGAGGUCGAGUACAAGGAGGUGCUCUCCGAGUGUCUGAUUGAAGAGACCUUCGACACGGUACAAAUCCUACUGCUGCUGGCCAUCUACUCAAUCUCCGACCCGCGGGGCUUCUCCACCAGGCCCAUCGUCGACAUGCUCGCUCGCCAAGCCAUACGGCUGGGCCUGACGCAGCGCGACCUAGCGGACAAGGGCCUGACGCCGACGGAGAUCGAGCGCAACCACCGCCUCUUCUGGAGCAUAUACGUGCUCGACCGCAUGGUGGCCGCGUCGGCGGGCAUGCCCGUGGCGCUCAACGACGCCAACAUGAACGUGCCGCUGCCGGGCAUCAUGGUCGAGGAGUUCUCGUCGCCCGACUGCAACGAGACCAUGUCGAUGCUGCAGGUCGCGCGCCACAUCAUCCAGCUGCGCAAGCUCGAGGACAAGGUCAUCCACCAGGUGCACCUGCGCGAGCGCGCGAGCAUCUCGUCCCUGACGCACUCGGACCGCCGGUCCAUCGUCACCGUCCUGCGCACCGAGAUCGAGGACUGGUACAGCAACGGCUGCCUGCUGCGGUCGUCCGAGGUCGACAACGUGCGGAUCCACAUCCGCAUCUCGUGGCUCGCCGCCCGCUACUACAACCUGCUGCUGCUGCUCUACUACCCUUCCCACUUCAACCCGACCUCGUCCCUGAUCUCCAAGGGCGAGCUGCUCUCCAUCACGCAGAAGCACGUCCAGUCCAACGCCGUGCGCUUCCAGCACCGCCAGCUGCCGCUCAACCACAUCACCCUCUGCCGCCUGCUCCACGUCUGCAUGAUCUUCCUGCACUGCUUCCUGUAUACUAUGCAGCAGCAGCAGCAGCCUGGCGGCGGCGGAGGGGGAGGAGGGGGAGACCAGGCCCCGCCGCUGCCGAUCGCCGGCAUGCGCGAGGAGGUCGACAUCACGGCGGACAUGAUGGAGGCCUACGCGCCGCACUACACGCAGGCCCACCGCGCCACGGCCAUCAUGCGGCAGCUCUCGUCCAUCAUCGCCUCGUCGACGGCCGCGGCCGCGGCAGCGCAGCAGCAGCAGCAGCACCCACCGCCCACGUCGUCGUCCACCAUGUACGACCCGACGGGCCGGUACCCCUCGACCACCUCGUCGUCGUCUGUGUCGGCGGCGGCGGCGGCGGCGGUACCGUCGUCCGCCACCGGAGCGGGGGCAGGGGCGGCGCGCCCCCCCGUCGUGCUGCUGCUGACGGACCCCGAGCGCGCGUGGGUGCACGCCAUGCGCGCCGGCCUCGCCGAGGUGACGGAGCACGUGCUGGGCCGCGGGAGCGUGUUCCGCAUCGUGCUCGACGAGGGCGACGAGCUGACGCCCGGCGGGUGCGGGACCGGGGGCGGGCUGGACAGGUCUUCUAUCCCCAACGGGCCGCUCACGACGGCGCCGCCUGGUUCCGCCGGGCAGGGGGGGUCGAGGGCGGUGUCUGCAUCGGCGUCGGCGUCGAUGGUCCCUCAGCAGCAGCAUCCUGUUGCGCCGCAGCCGUUGCCUGCGGCGGGUAUGCCGGCGCCUAUGCAGCAGCAGCAGCAGCAGCAGCAUUUGCCGCCUCCCCCCAGCAAUGGGGGUGGGCCGGGGCAUCAUCACCUCCAACACCCACACCAGCACCACCGUCCGCAUCAUCAUCAGCAACAGCACCAGCACCAGCACCAGCAUCACCCGUCGAUGGGCAUGGCGCAGCCGCAGGACAUGGGCCACAGCAACCACCAGUACUUCAACGGCGGGAAGGACGACCUCGAGUACGCCAUGAUCCAGGCGGGCGAUGGCGACGGGACUACUACUAGCAACGGGGGCGGGGGUGCCGCCGCCGCCGCCGCCGCCGCCGCUGCCGGGGGCAAGAAGGUCUCGAUUAUGGACUUUUUAUGA